AUGACAGAUUACUCUUCCUUCAUUUUCUUUCAGUUACUCAUCAUAAUCUUCCACGCUUCAGGGCAAGACCCUCCUUACAUCGGUCACUUUUGUGGGAACAGAGCAAACUUUACCAGAAACAGCACGUACUACUCCAAUCUCAGAUCACUCUUAUCUGCUCUUUCCCGCCCUAACGCUUCUUACACUACCGGAUUCUUUAGCGCCACCGUCGGGACAGGUUCCGACACCGUCACAGGCCUUUUCCUUUGCCGUGGAGACAUCAUACCUGAAAUCUGUGCCGACAAUGCUCUGUACGCAGUCGACGACGCUCUCACCCGUUGUCCCGACCAGAAAGAGGCCACGAUUUGGUACAACCCUUGCACCCUUCGAUACUCAGACAGAAACAUUCUCUCUACCCUCGCGACCAGCCCAGGCGUUCUUUUGACCAACACCAACAAUGUAACGGCUGAGCUAAGAGACCGGCUCAGAGAUGUUCUCAACUCAACCAUGGACGAUGCAGCGAGGACUGCAGUGAAUAGUUCCCGUAAGUUCGCUUUAAAGAAAACGGAUUUCACGCCGACCACGAGAUUCUACGGGUUGGUUCAGUGCACGCCUGAUCUUACUAGUGAUGAGUGUAACGUUUGUCUUCGCCGAGCCAUUGAUGGAUUGCCUCGCGAGCAAGUUGGUGGAAGAAAUCUUCUUCCAAGCUGUAACGUAAGGUACGAGCUUUACCCAUUCUACUCAGAAACCUUGGCUCCUCCACCGCCACCGCCAAAUUCAUCUUCUGUCUUCCGUCAGCCACCGCCUGCAAACCCGCAACCAAGAGUUUACAAAAACUCAACUUCGAUGAUCGUUGCCAUUGUUGUGCCAAUUGCUGUGGGGUUACUGCUUUUUGCAGCUUUGCAGUUUUACUUCGUAAAGAGAUUGAAGAAGAGUUACGACACUAGUGCUUCUAAUGAUGGUAACUGUAAAAACAAUAUGUGUCCGGAUCUAAACGUUCGUAUGCGAGUGUGUUCGUAUAUAUGUAUAUAUGAGCAUCAAGUAAAGAACACAUAG